GUCUAUCGCGGAGGGCGGGGCCCGAGGCAGAAGACCAUGGCGUCGCGCAGGGCAGGCGUUUCGGUACCCAUGGCUCCGCUGCUGCUGCUGCUCCUCCUCGGGCCUCCGCCCGCGGUGAGCCACGGUGGCAAGUACUCGCGGGAGAAGAACGAGCCGCCGCCGCCGCCCGCGUCGCGCGAGCCGGGGGAGGAGUUCCGCAUGGAGAAGCUGAACCAGCUCUGGGAGAAGGCCCGGCGGCAGCUGCACCUCUCCCCCGUGAAGCUGGCCGAGCUGCACGCUGACCUGAAGAUGCAGGAGCGAGACGAGCUCAGCUUGAAGAAGCUGAAGGCGGAAGGGCUGGACCAGGAUGGGGAGAAGGAGGCUUCGCUCGUCCGAAAUCUCAACGUCAUCCUGGCCAGGUACGGGCUGGACGGCAGGAAGGACGCACAGGUGGUGCAUAGCAACGCACUAGCCGGCGACACCCAGGACGAUGGGCUGGGCGACCCUCGGCUGGAAAAGCUGUGGCACAAGGCGAAGACGUCAGGGAAAUUCUCCCCAGAAGAGUUGGCCAAGCUGUGGCGGGAGUUCCUGCACCACAGAGACAAGGUCCACGAGUACAACGUGCUGCUGGACACGCUGAGCAGGGCUGAGGAGGCCUACAACAACGCCAUCAGCCCCGUGGACCCGAGCCACGGCAAGGCUGACGACCUAUACGACAGGCACCGCGAGCUCAAGGCGAAGCUGCACAGCAUCCACCAGGGCCUCGACCGCCUGCGCAAGGUCAGCCACCAGGGCUACGGUGCUGCCGCAGAGUUCGAGGAGCCCCGGGUGAUCGACCUGUGGGACCUGGCACAGACGGCCAACUUCACCAAGAAGGAGCUGGAGUCCUUCCGGGAGGAACUCAAGCACUUCGAAGCCAAGAUUGAGAAGCACAACCACUACCAGAAGCAGCUGGAGAUCUCGCACGAGAAGCUGAAGCACGUGGAGCGCGUGGGCAGCCAGGAGCACGUGAGCCGCAACCGGGAGAAGUAUGUGCUGCUGGAGGAGAAGACCAAGGAGCUGGGCUACAAGGUGAGGAAGCAUCUUCAGGACCUGUCCAGCAGGGUCUCCAGGGCGCGGCACAAUGAGCUCUGAGGCCAGCACCAGUGGUAGAGAUGGAGCCAAGGGCCCAAGGCUCUCCUGGUGACAUCUAUGUGGACAGCCCCGGCCGCAGUUAAAGUGACAGGUUGGGCACAGCAUCGUGGCCAGGAGGACCCCUCCAUGUGCCCAUAGGUGCAUCUCAGACCCAUGGCAGGUUUCCUGUGCUUUGAAACAAACAUGGCCAUCCCCACCCCACAGGGACCCAAGGAUCCUCUGGACAGUCCAGGUCGCAGUCCUGUAGAUUUGUCACUGGAAGUGUCACAGAGUCCACUAACCACAUUAGAGCUGGGGGUACGGCUCAGGGUGCAGCCCCUGCCUGGCAAGUGUAAGGUCCUGAGUUCAGUUCCUGGUACAAAAAAACAAGCACACAUUACAGUCUGUAA